AUGCUUCAUCAUCAUCUGAAGUUGCAGCUAUUUGAUGAGUGCUAUGAUCCCUUAGCAUAUCUGCUAUUGUUUCUUAAUGAUGAACAAGAAUGGGCUCCUCGCCAAAUUCCAUAUAGAGAUAUUCCCUUAACUAAUGAGUUGAUUGAUAUUGACGAAGGUCCUAAUAAUAAUAGAAAUGAUGAUGAAUUAGAAAGUGAUAAUACAAUAAAACAUAGAAAAUUUGUAACUGCAAUGCAAUAUUAUGCAUAUCGACUUCAAAUUCACUAUAAUUCUUCCAAUAUGCUUCUGCAAAUAGAAUACUCUUCUAACAAUAUUGAACUAUAUAAAGGUCUUCAAGAUGCUGUUUUGCAUGAUGAUAGUGAUCCAAGACAAGUUAGGCAGAGAAUAGUACUUCCAUUCACAUUUAUCAGAGAUCAUUGA